AUGUCUUCGGUUAUCGGGAAACGUUGUGUUUGUAGGGUGGAAGUCUCUCGAGUGGAAUGGAAUUUUCUUCAUCCUUGGCAACGGACGCCUCAAAGCAAGUCGACUGGGACCGCAUUUGUCAUUGAAGGCAAAAAGCUUCUGACGAACGCUCAUGUUGUGCGGUCGGCGACUGACAUUCGCAUUCGUCCUCAUGGGUCGACACGGCGAUAUCCAGCUGAAGUUCUAUACUUUGGCCCAGAUUUUGAUUUGGCGUUGUUAAAGAUCAAAGGCGAGCAAGAAGAGAUUGACUUCUUCGCUGAGAACGGGAAGGAUCAUAUUUGCUCGUCGGGAAAAGAACCAGACGCAAAACGAAAAAAGUUUCUACACGGACUGCAAUUUGCAACAGAUUUACCAGCUCUACAUGAAUCAGUUCACGUUGUCGGCUUUCCGACCGGCGGAAAUACAAUUUGUGUGACCGAAGGUGUAGUAAGUCGGAUUGAUUUCCUUGGAUUUAGCAAGUCGCUCAUGCUGACGAUUCAAAUCGACGCUGCAAUUAAUCCGGGAAAUAGCGGCGGACCAGCAUUGAAUUCGGAGGGCCUUGUUACUGGAGUGGCAUUUAGCACCAAAUCUCACAAGAAGAACCAACCUCUAUCAAACAUUGGGUACCUGAUACCUAUUGAUAUUGUAAAGAACUUUCUUGGCCGUUGCCAAGAGAACCCAUCGACCUAUGCCCUCUCGCCGAUCAUACCAUAUCGAUUCCAUUCACUAGAGAACAAGUCGCUCCGACUGGCACACGCUGUUCCAGACACCGUGGAGGGGGUUCUCUUGACCUCUGUCUGCGACUCCAUGAAAGGCUUCUUGGCCAAAGGGGACGUUCUGACUGGGAUCGAUGAUCGAAAGGUAUCAAAUGAUGGCCAAGUGCAACUUCGCGGUGACGAAACCAUUCAACAUGGUUAUUUGUUGAGGGGUAAAUUCUUGGAUGAACAAGUCAGAUUUUCUGUUUUCCGAAACGGUGAGCACGUGAUAUCAUCGCCAGCUGUGCUAAGGUAUAUUCCAACCAUUUGUCCACGUUGGGAGUCGGUCGACUAUUUUCCGGACUACUUGAUCUUAGGAACUGUAGUCUUGUUGCCCAUGAGCACAUAUCUACAAUGUCAAAAGGGUUGUGGAACCCGUCUUUCUGCAAGUACGACAAAUUGGUGCCAAAAAUGGCCGCAUGAAUGGGAAGGCAAGGAAGGAUUGGUAGUCUUGACGGAAAUGUUCAGUCACGAGGUAUGCUUUGGAUACAACCGGCCAUACUGGCGAUUCGUCGAAACAUACAAUGAUAUUCCAAUCAAGUGUUUGGCGCAUCUACGUGAUCUUUGGGAGGAAAGCAUGGAACAGGCCAAGGAGAGUGAUGACAGGAACGGCGACUCCAACUCUGCGAAAACUUUCUCAUUCGUGCGACUGGGUUUGGAACACAGCGAUGACAUAGUCUUUGAAGUACGUGCAGCAAUCCAGGCUCAAGCUGAUAUUUUGAAACAGCAGCAUAUACCAUGCCCUUCAAACAUUACACAGAGCAACCCGCGAUACAAAUCGUAG